AUGCGCGCUAUGGUGCGCUUGCGCAGAGGGUUGCGGAGGCCUGGGCAGCCUCGGCGUCUCCGGAAAGCCGUCGCCGGGCUUGGGAUGAGGCAGGGAGCUCUGCGGUCCUCUGCUGUCAGACGUGCCGGGCCUGGGGUUUGCAGAUGUCGGGCCUGCCCGCCAUCCCGCUGCUGAUCAACCUGGGCUGCUCGGUGCUCGGCCUCCUGGGCACCGCCGUCCUCAUCCCGGCCUUCAGGCAGGACUUCAUCGUGGCCCGGCUCUAUGGCAUCGACCUCAACAAGACCUCCAAGGAGCAAAUCCCAGAAGCUCAAGGUGUAAUCAGCGGCGUGGUCUUCCUCAUCAUUCUUUUCUGUUUUAUUCCUGUUCCUUUUCUGCACUGCUGGGCGAAGGAGCAGUGCAUCACCUUUCCUCAUGAUGUGUUUGUGCAGUUGAUUGGGGCCCUCCUUGCCAUCUGCUGCAUGAUAUUCCUGGGGUUUGCCGACGACGUCCUCAACCUACAAUGGAGACACAAGUUGCUGCUGCCGACCAUGGCCUCCCUGCCCCUACUCAUGGUAUACUUCACCAAUUUUGGCAACACCACAAUUGUAGUGCCAAAGCCCUUUCGCAUUUUUCUGGGUCUCCAUUUAGACUUGGGAAUUCUGUAUUAUGCAUACAUGGGAAUGCUGGCAGUGUUCUGCACAAAUGCCAUCAACAUCCUGGCUGGCAUCAAUGGUAUUGAGGCUGGGCAGUCUCUGGUGAUUGCCAUGUCAAUCAUCAUUUUCAAUUUAAUAGAAUUAAAUGGUGACUACAAGGAUGACCACAUAUUCUCCUUGUACUUCAUGAUACCCUUUUUCUUCACUACUUUAGGACUGUUGUACUAUAAUUGGUACCCAUCCAGCGCAUUUGUGGGCGACACAUUCUGUUACUUUGCAGGAAUGACUUUUGCAGUGGUCGGGAUCCUUGGCCACUUCAGCAAGACCAUGAUGUUGUUUUUCAUCCCUCAAACACUCAACUUCUUCUACUCGGUGCCUCAGCUUUUCCAUAUCAUUCCAUGUCCGCGACAUCGAAUACCCAGACUCGAUCCCAGUACUGGAAAGCUGGGCAUGAGUUACUCAAAAUUCAAAACUAAGGAUUUGCCUAAACUUGGAGAUGUAAUAUUAAAGAUGGCCAACAAAUUCUGGCUGGUGGACGUGAACCAUGGAGUUGGAGAAAACAACGAAUACACAGAAUGCAACAACCUCACUCUGAUUAACUUUGUAUUAAAGCUGAUAGGCCCUACACAUGAGAGAACACUGACCAUUAUACUUCUGCUCAUCCAGGUCUCAGGAAGUGUGUUUGCUUUUCUGAUCCGUUAUCACCUAGUCCGCUGGUUUUACGAAGUCUGAUUCUCAUUCGCAAAUAUUUGAAGCAUGGAUUGUUCCUCUGGGGAGUUAUUUUACUCCAAGCUGCCUAUCAGAGCUCACGGGACGUUGGAGUAUCAAUCAAUUGCUUGGUUGGAUGUGCUGAGUUGGGGUUUUUGUUUUAUUGUUAGUGCACUUCAUUGUUGAAUAAUGUUGCUGAAAAUUAGUCGAAUAUUUUUGGCUUAAUUGCUGUGGGCAUUGACAGAAUCAAACAAAAGAGAGAAUGUUUUUAUAAUUUAAGUGACUGCUUAAAAUAAUGUGACUAUCUCCAAAUUGUGUGGAAACAAUUUCAAUGGAAUUUUUCUUGAAUGAUGUGUGCAACAAAAUGAAGUACAUCUUUACUAUAUGUUCCUCUAGAACUUGGUGCAAUAUCAAAGGAUGUUUUACUAUAAGGCAAAGCUUUCAAUACCUUGAGUCCUUUGUUUUAAUUUCAAAAUGAUUUGUUCAGUUCUAGAGAUUCUGAGCUCCAAUUACCAUUGAUUUGUGAAGUCACUCGAGCUCCUGUGUCAUUCCUGUUCUCUUUUGGCAUCUUACUUCAUCGGUAAAAUAUCCUUUCCAAGUAUUGAUAAAGAUUUUGGGAGGUUAUCAGAGCUGACAUUUUUGUCUGACAGAUGGACUACACCAACAGAAAGCACAUUGACAUUCUUGAGCCUUGCUCCAAAGCUCAUACAGCUUGAGGCGACACUUGUCGGUAGCUCCAUUAGUGAUGUCAAAGAGGAUGCAUGCUGACCAAGUAACAUUUUUAAAUUAUUAAAGAGAUAUGAAAUUGAAGAGUUCUUGGAGAAGGCAAAUUUGCAGUGCAGCGUAUGGUGGAGUUAUAGUCUGCCAGUGGUGCUCACUAAACCCACCCUGGAUGGAAAGGGUAACUAAAGACAAAGGGCACAGCUAGCAAAUCAUUCUUUGCAAAGUUUGUACAUUGUAAAUAAAAGAAAUGGCUAUCUUACCAGCCAUUUCUGCCAACAAGCAGUACCCUAGGAGUCUGUUUUCAGGGUCAAUAAUGUUAAGAAAUAGCUGCCAGUUUAAAAUAAAAGCAAAGUUUGGCAGAUCUAAAAUAACAAAAUUAGAGGAAACACCGAGCAAGUUGUACAACCUCUGAGCAGAGAGAAACCAUUGGAAUGUUAACUCCUUUUAUCUCUCCACAGUUGCUGCGUAACCAGCUGAAAUUAACAGUACUUUCUGUUUUUUAUUGCCAUUACUAGAAAAAAAACUGCUAUAAAUGAAAACUAGAAGCAUGUACAAGAGCAAACUACACUGGAUGAAGUCCUAAAACAUUGAGCAUUGAAACACUGCUGACAGCCUUAAGAAGUAAUUUAUUUAUAAGACUCAAAACUCUAUCAACUGAAUGAAAAUGCACAUCAAAUUAAUUAUCAAUCUUCAUUGCAUUUUACUUCCCUCAGUUACAUACGAAAAAUUUCAGCAAUUAUUUAAACUGAUAUUGAUAAGAAGCAGAAAUCCUAUCAUCUGGAUGUUUUGUGUGUCCAAGGCAAGAAUAAGAUGUUGUCUCUGGACACUGAAAUUAACCCACUGUCAGAAAUCUUUAACGUUCAAUCUUUCCAAAAUGUCUGUUGUCUUGGUGUGACCUCAAUUCUAAGUGUGAUAACUGGAAAGAUAAAUUAAUUCAAUAAUGUGCAGGGGAACAUUGCAAUUUUUAUACAUUUGUGCGUAAAAUAGAUUGUGUAUAUGUGUGCUUAAUUGAGAAUGAGAUACUCUAUAAAUUGGUGAUAAUAUAAACAAUAUGGGAUUGAGAAUUAUGACUUCAAGAACCAAAUAAAGACUUCGGAGAAUUUAGCUAUUAA